AUGUCCAAAGACUCCUCAUACACCUACGUCCACUUCAACCGGUCUAGGGACGCGGACCUUUUUGAAGACUUCUGCAAAGACAAGCUCCCGGACGACGAGAUCUACGUGCCGCCGCAUAAUCAGCCUAUCAAUCCAGAAGACGAGGAUGAUGUCGUGCCCGACCAGCACGCCGCGUUCGGGAUCCAGCGCGCUACCCAGAAGACCAAGGAGCCCGCGUGGAAGGAUUUGGGAUUGGCGGAUUUGAUGAAGAAGGGUCCCGAGAAGAAGAAUGGUGCCGGGAGUGGGUCUAAAACCGAGAAGAUCUUGAUGCCUAGAUGA